AUGAAGUUUAGGUUGGCAACACUGUUAAUUGUUGUCAUCUGUUUUUAUGUCGAUGGUCGAUGUUUGAAAAGAAUAGUUUUUAGUAAAUCGAACGAGAAGAAAUGAAUGAUGGCCGACCAAGAGAACGAAGAAACAGAACCAAAUGAAGUAGAAGAAAACACUUCUCCCGUCGAAAAUGGCAACAAAGAACAGAAGGAUAAACAAGCGAAUAUCUCAACUGACAAAAUUAACAUUUUACUGAAAGCUACAGCAGAUGCUCCAAUCAUGAAAAAAAAGAAGUGGGCCGUAGAAUCGACACACAAGAUAGGCUGGAUUAUUGAAUUUAUUCGUCGAUACUUAAAAUUAGAUGAAUCUGAAUCAUUGUUUCUUUAUGUAAAUCAAGCUUUUGCACCUUCACCAGAUCAAGAAGUUAGAAAUAUAUAUGAGUGUUUUGGAUCAGAUGGAAAAUUAGUGUUACAUUAUGCAAAGACACAAGCAUGGGGAUAAUUCUGCAACUUCCUGUAAAUAGGCAAUAAGAAUCUAGUCUUAUGAUUUUGUGUAUUUUUUAAAAUAAAUUAGAUUAUAAUUUUGUAA